ACGGCGCUCAGCCGCGCCUUUGAGGGAGUCCGCGCGCGAAACCGUCCUGCCGCCGUGCGCAGCGGGGCGGUUGAGGAGAGCGUUGGAAAGAGGAGCCGUGCUGAGUGGAUUGGCGCCCCUUAGAGGCAGGACGGAGGCGGCUGCCGAGGCCUGAGCCAUUUGAACUUCCAUUCUUUGUGGUAAAAUGGAUUUGUUGUGGCUUAACCAGUUUGCAGCCCUUCUCUGGAAAAAUUUCAUGUUAAAGAAGCGGAAGAUAAUUUCUUUAUGUGUAGAAAUCUUCAUGACACUGAUGUUCUCUGCAUUGAUUUUGCUUCAUCGCAGAGAUUACAAAAAGGAAUUUCUAGAGGCGAUUCUUUUCCAUCCUCUUCCCUUGAAUAGGUUGCCUGCUUUCCUCACUGAUGGGAAAAAUAAGUAUGAAUUGGUUUAUGUGCCUUCUGAAAGUGAUGCGGCAAAAACUAUUACUGAGAUGGUGCAAAAAGAUUUAAACGCCAGCCUUGAAGUUCGAGGCUUUUCUUCGGUAGAAGAUUUUGAGAAUUACGUUAAGUAUGAAAAUAAGUCUUCUCGUGUGCUGGCUGCUGUUGUAUUUGAUCAUGACUUCAAGAACAGUAAAGACAGAUUGCCACUUAAGGUAAAAUAUUCUCUUCGUUUUAGUGGUUUCAGCAAUUACUUUUCAAAAGAAUUGAGAUGGAACACAGAUCUUCUCUUUCCACAAAUACCUCCUCCCGGAGUCAGGAACAUGGAUGAAGAAGGGGGAAAUCCUGGGUACUACAAUGAAGCCUUCCUUCUUGUGCAGCAUGCUUUAGAUAAGGCCAUCAUGGUGUACCAUAAUGACAGAGCUGCAGAAAAGCUGUUUGAAAAUGUCACCAUUUUUCUUACAAAAUUUCCGUACCCUGCUAAUUAUCUUGAUACAUUUAUGUUCACAUUUAUGUUUAUCUUCCCUCUGAUAGUUUUACUUAUGUUUUCUCCAACUCAACUUACCCUUCUCAGGACCAUUGUUAUGGAAAAGGAAACCAGAUUAAAGGAGUACCAGUUCAUGAUAGGACUCAGUAAUGCCAUGCUCUGGGCUGCUUAUUUUGUCACGUUCCUCUUGUUGUUUUUAAUUGUCAUCUGCUUGCUAUGCGUGAUUUUAUUUGUCAAGAUUGUACAGGAUAAAGUCCUCCAAUACAGUGACCCGUCUCUCGUCUUCUUCUUUUUCCUGUGUUUUGUCAUGGCUUCCAUGACCUUCGGCUUUCUGAUUACCACAUUCUUCGAUAAAACUACAUUGGCUGUUUCCAUUGGAGUUUUCCUCUAUUUUCUCACCUUCUUUCCAUAUGACAUAGUCAUCACCGUGUAUAGCAGGUUGAGCCUCAUGGAGAAGCUGGCUUCCUGUCUCUUUUCAAAUAUUGCAGUAGCGUUGGGGAUUGAGUUUUUAAGCAAGAUGGAAAUGAAGAAGUAUGGUGUUAAGUGGAGUAACUUACUGUCAUCAGUGAGCCCAGAUGAUAACUUGACUUUUGCCCAUAUUCUGGGAGUACUUUUAUUUGAUGCUUUCUUGUAUGGCCUUCUGACCUGGUAUAUAGAUGCUGUCUUUCCAGGAAAGUAUGGUGUGCCCAAACCAUGGUAUUUCUUUUUGCAGAAAGCCUACUGGUUUGGACAAUCUAAAAGCAUUAGGAAAAAAGAUGAUGUCAAAGUUACUAAUGUAUUUAAAAGUCGUUAUUUUGAAGAUGAACCUGUUGAUUUGGUGGCUGGUAUAAGGAUCCAACAUUUGUACAAGGAAUUCACAUUACAAAAUAUGACCACAGUAGCAGUUCAAGACUUGUCUUUGAAUAUGUAUGAGGGGCAAAUCACUGUUCUCCUAGGACAUAAUGGGGCAGGAAAGACUACUACCUUAUCUAUUCUCACAGGUUUCUAUCGUCCUACCAGCGGAAAGGUAUAUAUUAAUGACUAUGAUGUGUCAAAAGACAUGCUUCAAGUCAGAAAAAGCUUGGGCUUGUGCCCCCAGGAUGACAUAUUGUUUCCAGACUUGACAGUAUCAGAACAUCUCUAUUUCUACUGCAUGAUAAAAGGAGUACCUCCAGAGAUUCGUGUCAAAGAAAUUGACACUAUGCUGGCUGCUUUUGGCCUGCUAGAAAAGCGUCAUGCCUUUUCACAGUCACUGAGUGGAGGAAUGAAGCGCAAACUGUCCAUCAUUAUAGCACUUGUAGGAGGCUCCAAGGUGGUGAUACUUGAUGAGCCAACAUCUGGCAUGGACUCAGUCUCAAGGAGAUUCACUUGGGAUGUCCUUCAGCAGCAUAAACAGGGUCGUACCAUCCUACUGACAACCCACCACAUGGAUGAAGCUGACAUCCUGGGAGACCGUAUAGCUAUCAUGGUCAAGGGAUCCCUGAAAUGCUGUGGCUCUUCAAUUUUCCUGAAAAGAAUUUAUGGUGUGGGAUAUCACCUGAUUAUGGUAAAGGAACCUCAUUGUAAUGUUAAGGAAAUCUCUCAACUGAUUAAUCGUCAUGUACCAGAAGCCACAUUGGAGAAUAACGUUGCAGCUGAACUAUCAUUUAUCCUACCAAAAGAGCACACGCACAGGUUUAAAGACUUAUUUACUGAUCUGGAAGACAGACGGGAAGAGCUGGGCAUUGCUAGCUUUGGUAUCUCUAUUACUACUAUGGAAGAAGUUUUCUUCAGAGUCAGCAGAGCAGAUACAACGGCUUUCCAGACCCUAAACGACGAAGAUGAAAGUGAAGACAUGGACCAGAAUAUGAACAUACCCAGAAAUUUUGAGAGAUCAUAUUCUCCCUCCACCUUGAGUGACCAUUCUAAUAUUAACUUUAAUACUGGGUGGGAUCUUCACCGUCAGCAGUUCUUUGCCAUGUUCAUUAAGAGAGCAAUGUUCAGUUGGCGCAACUGGAUUUUGGUGUUAAUGCAGAUACUAGGACUUCUGGGUAUUGUUUAUUUUUUGAUGAGAGAUGGGGGCUCUACAAGAAUCAGGGAAGAACCGGCCAGAGAAAUGGAUUUGGGACAAUAUGGUCAAACCAUUGUUCCCUUCUCAACUUCUGGAAAUUCUGAUUUUACUCUGAAUUUAAUACAAAAUCUUGAGACUAUGUUAAAGGCUAAGAAACAAAAACUUUAUGAAGUGAAAGGUGAUCUGGAGGAGUAUUUGGUGAAUAGUCAAGAAUGCAUUUACUCGUGCAUUAUUGCAUUUUCCAUUGAGGUUAAUGGAGACCAAAAGACAAUUACCUUUUGGUUCAACGAUGAGGCAUACCAUUCAUCAUCGUUAUCUCUAGCGGUAUUAGAUAAUAUUAUUUUUAAGUCACUUUCUGGCCCUGAUGCUUCCAUUACAAUCAUCAACAAACCUCAGCCUACACGUGUUACUACUGGUAAAUCUACUAGAGGAGGAUUGUCAGGAAUGUCUAUAGCUUUAAAUUUGUUUUUUGGAAUGAGUAUUUUCGUCAGUGGCUUUUGUCUCCUGACAGUGACUGAGAGAGUCACUAGGGCAAAGCACAUACAGUUUUUGAGUGGGGUUUAUGCCAUUAACUUCUGGCUCUCUGCUCUGGCAUGGGACUUCUUCAUCUUCUUCAUUUCCUGCUGCUUACUAAUGGUGGUGUUCAUGUGGUGUGGAUUGGAAUUAUUGGUCAAAGAUUACCACUUUCUGGACACAUUCUUUAUCCUCAUGCUGUUUGGUUGGUCUGUCAUUCCCUUCACAUACCUGAUAAGUUUCCUGUUUGCUAGUCAUACCAGUGCCUACAUCAAGCUCGUCAUAUUUAACUAUUGUGCUGGGAUUUUUGGUGUAAUUGCAGAUCUCUUACUAAGUGAAACAAAAGACAAGAAAGCUGCUUCUAGAAGCCCCCUGCUUAAUUCAUUGAUGUUGCUACCCAUACAUAAUUUGGGGAUGAGCAUCAGCAAAUAUUAUGAUAUGGAAGAGAGAAAGAAGAUAUGUUCCUCAAAUAAAAAUAUUCCUUACUCUAUAGAUUGUAGUAAAGCAGCUGAGCGUAGUGUAUAUAGUUUGGAAGAAGAUGGAAUUGGAAGAUUUGUAAUUGCAAUGGCCGUCACAGGAUUUCUUUUCCUCUUCUUGAUUUUCCUUUUGGAAACCACCUCAUGGAGAGUAAGAACAUUUGUGCUUCGCUAUAUUUUCUUUCGUACUUACAAGAAAUUUAAUAAGGAUAAAGUGUCCAUGGAAUUAUCUGGAGAAUCUGAAGACGAAGAUGUACAAAAUGAGAGAAAUAAAAUCCUGAAUCACGCUCAGGAGUCACUGAAUUCUACAGUGCUUAUUAAGGAACUCACAAAGAUAUAUUUUGGAAUGCCAGCCAUUUUUGCUGUGAGAAAUAUCUCUGUUGCAAUCCGAAACGAGGAGUGCUUUGGGUUGCUUGGAUUAAACGGAGCCGGAAAAACUACUACCUUUGAAAUUUUGACUGGAGAGGAAGUUGCGACCUCUGGGGAUGUGUUCAUUGAGCACUUUAGCAUCACCAAAAAUAUCCUGAAGGUAAGAUCAAAAAUUGGCUACUGUCCACAGUUUGAUGCCUUGCUGGAAUACAUGACUGCUCGGGAAAUAUUGAUCAUGUAUGCCAGGUUGUGGGGGAUUCCUGAGACCCACAUUAAAGCUUAUAUAAAUAACUUACUGCAAUCACUGAAUCUGGAACCCCAUGCGGACAAGUUUAUCUACACUUACAGUGGAGGAAACAAACGUAGACUGAGUACCGCUAUUGCCCUAAUGGGAAAGCCCUCAGUCAUCUUCCUUGACGAGCCAUCAACUGGUAUGGACCCAGUAGCCCGGCGCCUGCUUUGGAACACAGUGACACAGACGCGUAAAAGUGGCAAAGUCAUUAUCAUAACAUCUCACAGUAUGGAGGAAUGUGACGCUCUUUGUACCAGGCUGGCCAUUAUGGUAAAGGGAAAGUUCAUGUGCCUGGGCAGCCCUCAGCAUCUCAAGAACAAGUUUGGCAACAUUUAUAUCCUAAAAGUCAAGAUCAAGAUUGAUACAGAUGAAGAUAAAUUAGAGGACUUUAAAACUUUUAUUGCAACCGUCUUCCCAGGUAGUGAAUUAAAACAUGAGAAUCAAGGGAUCCUUAACUACUACAUUCCCAGCAAGGACAAUAGCUGGGGAAAGGUGUUUGGCAUUUUGGAGGAAUCUAAAGAGGAAUUCAAUUUAGAAGACUAUUCUGUCAGUCAGAUAACGCUGGAGCAAGUCUUCCUGACCUUUGCUAACCCACAGAACACAGAAGUGCAUGGUUGAAAAAAAGGUGCCUUGAGAUUGACUUGCAGCUAGUGACCCUAUGUCUUCCUUAGACUACUCUCUGCUACAGCUGGAUACAGAGAGGGGCAUUCCUGUGAGUCUAUAUCUUGGUGUAAACAUAUUUAUGUAAUAAACAGCCCCCCAAAGGAGACCAUAUGUCCAUUCUUUAUAGAUUUACACGAGUGGCCUGCGUAUCCAGCGUGUGCAAAUCUAAAGACAUUUGGUGAAAUUUCUGUUUUCUAUCCUAGAAAUAUGAAAGAGCAGCAGUUAUUAAGGUGGGGACACAGGUCUUUUCCUGAAUAAUUCUGAAUGUUUGAAAAGAAACACCCAGAAAUGAUAGAGCUGUCAGGUGAGACAACCUGAAGAGCAAGGGCUUUAUGUUUUUGCAGCUGAGUUAAACAUAAGAGGAGCAUAUAAAGCCUGGAGCAGAAAUCACCUUUCUUAUAGAUACACACACAGACACACCAGCUUUAUACCAAAAGGAGUCUAAUUAAAAUCAGUAUCAAAGUUUAUGGGGAUAAGCUGGGUUAUUUCCAAAACUCAAACCAAAAGCCUACAUUUGUAAGGGAAUCUUUGCACUAGGAACAUUCAGAGUCCAAGAAAGGAAACAAAAACAUUCUUUAAAAACAGUAUUUCCUUUCCUCCUCUUGACCUACCUGUGAUUAAGAAGGAAAGAAGAAGAAAUGAGGUGUAGAGGGAGGCAAACAGAGAAUUCUUCUAAUUCAUAUUUGGGCAGAUGGAGUUCCCCCAUAAGCAGCAUGAGAAAUGUAAUCACUGGCAGUAUCACGGGCAGAUGACUAGGUAAGUAGGAUGAUCCUCCUCAAAUUACAAGAUGGAAAGAGUCAGGGAAGCUGUUCUAUUUGGGAGUGGGUUUUUUUGGGAGGAGGGUGUUUUUAUUCCCCUCAGUUGGAUAUUGUAAGUAACAAAGUGAUAAGCUAUUCUCUGUUCUAUUGCUUUUAGCUGUAAUAUAACUUUCUGUGGGUUCCAUUCCAAUGACUGCUAUAGAUCUCUGGCAAGUGAUUUCAGUAAUUCCAAAAUUUGUUUCCCAGGCUGGCCAUCUUUAGAAAGGAAGAAAGAACUCAUUUUGUUAAGCUUUUACUUACAUCUUGUCUCCCAGGUGACUUGAUUAGUGAUCCUUUAAGAAGUUCUUCCAGUCUGGUGGUCUCUUUCUUCCUCCUAUCACCUAUCCUACCUCUUCAUUUUCCAACAAGAAACAAACAAAAAAUAUCACGUGUCAGUUCCCUGAAGAAGCACUUUUCAUGCGUUACAUCAUUUAAUCCCAUGACAACCCUCUGAGGUAGGUAGCGUUGCUACUGUCCUCAUUGUACAUGGGGGGCUCAGAAGGAUUAAGGGAUUCAGCCAACAAGCAAGCAGGAAUAUCAGUGUCCCCAUCAAAAGCCAGGAAACCACACAGCAAUUUGAACAGGGAAGGUUAAAAUAAUUAUUAAAUAUAAUGGGGGUUAGCUGUACGGAGGUAAAGAGAACUCUAGGAGAAUACCCAAGGAAGAAACAAGCUUGGAAGAUGGCUCCUCCCCAAGGCUGGACUUCAGAUCCUCUUGCAGGAGGUUUAGUUACGGCUCACUUGGUGCUGGGGAAGUUCAGUGUCCUGGGCCAGGGCUCUUCCACAGGCUGUUCUACACGUGCUGAGCAAGCAGGAAUCAUCCCUCAGCUGGGUACAGGCUGCCUAGACUGGCCAACAGGGAAACUCGGCUGGGUCUAUAAAACAGAAAACUCUUCUCUGGGGUUGUUAACAGGGUGGUCUUAAGAAGGGUCACCACCGUGAAUCACUAGGAAUCCGUACUUCAUGGAGAGGGAGGGAAAGGGGGUGCCAAGAAAUGUCCUCCACAUCUGCUGCGGGCAGCAAGGUAAGAGCAAAAAGAAUCCAAGAGAAAAUACCCUUAACCACGAGUAAGCCCUUGUCCUACAGUGUUCCUCCAGCGCCCUCUCCUGACAAAGGCUGCCCCGUCAAGUCUAUUCAAGAGCCUAGCUCUAUUUGGCGCUGAGAGGCAGUAAAUUAAUCCCUGGCACUGCAGACGGGAGAGGAGAGAAUUCAGACCCUAUGAUAAAUUACACUGGAGCUGGGUAUUCGGGUGGGGUCAGCCGAGAGGAUUACGCAUCAGCGAAACUGGGGAGCGUGAGAAAGGUCUGGAGGUGUGGUUAACUGAAACGCUGGCUGGGCCGGGCUGAGAGCACGCACAAGGGGCUAGGGAUUUCUUAACGCUGAGAGGUCAAAGGGCAGAGGCGGCACGUGCGGAGGGGUGGGGGAAGGGGGGCGCACGCUGAGGAAAGGGCCACGUGGAUCGUGCGCGUUACGCCUCACCAUCGGGGGCUUUUGGGUGGCCCACAGGUAGGAGUUUGCAAGACUGUACGUUCCUUGUUUAACCCCCACGGACUCUGGGGGUGGGGAGGCCAGCCACUGGCUCUCUCUACAUUUUCAGCCACUAGCUACCGGGCCGGCUGAGGGUGACGUUGACACAGGAGGGAGAGGGAGUACGCGAGACGUGGAGGAUUGUGGGGUCGUCCAGUAGGGUCCAGAGGCAGAGAACCUGGGGAGCAAGUGAAGG